AUGAGGGUUUUAUGUUUUUCUCAUACGCCACCUCCUCGUAGUGGUAAGAUUUUGGGAGAGAGAUUGUUUAACAUUCUAAAAGAAUGGGGCAUUGAGAAAAAAGUAUUUACAAUCACUUUAGACAAUGUUUCUUACAAUGAUACCUUGGUGAAUAGUUUGAAGAAAAACCCUUCUUUUAGAUCAUCUUUGCCUUGUAGUGGUGAGUUCUUUCGUGUUCGUUGUGGUGCUCAUAUUUUAAACCUUAUUGUACAAGAAGGUUUGAAAAUUAUAGAGCAUGCUGUGCACAACAUACGUGAAAGUGUUAAAUAUGUGAGAGGCAAUGAUAUGAGGAAGUUAAGAUUUGCCGAAUGUCUUCAAGAACUCCCUAAUUUAACUAGUAAGAAAGUGCGACAAGAUGUGCCAACAAGAUGGAACUCGACAUAUUUAAUGAUUGAGACAGCUCUUACAUUUCGGGAAGCAUUUCACAAUUUGAGUAUUGUUGAUGGAAGCUUUCGCACUUGUCCCUCAGAUGAUGAAUGGGAUAAGGCUGAGAAGAUAGCAAAAUUUUUGAAACCAUUUUAUGACAUCACCACUCUCUUUUCGGGCACUCAAUACCCUACUGCCAACUUAUACUUUCAUGGUGUAUGGAAAAUUCAUUUGCGUAUUUUAGAAGAGAUGGAAGAUGAAGAUGUAGUAAUUAAUCCUCGGUAUAAGUUGCAGUUUGUGGAGUUCAGUUAUAGGCGACUUUAUGGCACUAAUGGGACAAUAAUGGUGAUGGAUCUUCGUGACAAGUUAUAUUCCCUUUUCGAAGGAUAUUUGCGCGCCCCUAAUUAUGAAGCACACAAUAUGGUUGAAAAUGCAUCUAGUAGUGGUGCUAAUGAGCAGGUAAGAGAUGCUGAUAUUGCUGGUUUUGAUACAUUUGAGAGUGAAAUUGUUGCUUCAAUCAAUAGUAAGUCACAAUUAGAUGUGUAUUUGGAAGAGGCCCGGUUUGACCAUAACACUCAUAUGGACUUGGAUAUUCUUGAAUAUUGGGAAUCACAUUGUGGUAGCUUUCCAGAACUUUCACUAAUGGCUCGUGACAUUAUGAGUAUUCCUAUCACUACUGUUGCCUCAGAGUCUGCGUUUAGCAUUGGUGGUCGAAUUCUUGAUAAGUACCGCAGUUGUCUAUUGCCACAAAAUGCAGAGGCUUUGUUAUGUUCCCGUAACUGGUUGUUUACUGGGCAGGUUAUACCUGAUCAUGAUGACGAGCACCUUGUGGAGGAUUUUGAACACUUAUGCAUUUCUGGACAAGUUACAUAUAAUGAUGAGGUUUAG